GAUAAGGUACCGGUCUAGCUGAGGUAGCUGUCGUGAUUGAGCAAAGUUUUGUUUCACAGAUGCACUCGAGAUUCAUCUGUUAUCUAGCCACUCAACAAAAUCAUUUGCUACAGCUUUGCCAAAGUACAGCAGAGCUCGGCGCGAUCCACAGGCCGAACAACUCAAGAAACGGCACGAGCACGACAACACUGGCGCAGUCGCAGAGCCAGGAGGACGAGUCGAGAAGGGGAGGGAGUGAGACGAAGAUCAAAAGCCAUGGCUGCUCUCGCACCCUUCAAUCUGCGCAUGCUCAUCGUCAGUGUCGGCAACCCUCCCCCGCUUCAUGAAACACUGCACUCGGCCGGUCAUAUGGUUCUGCGCAAACUGCAACAACACCUCGACGCGACCGACUACCAGCCUGGCUUCUCGUCACAACGCUUCGGCACCAAGAACUGUAUCGCCUCUAUCGGCCCCAAGUACACGCUCUUGCAAUCCCCAACACAGAUGAACAUUGUCGGCCCGUGGCUCGCGUCGGCCUGGAAACAACACUCAAGGCUUCCUUCAGAUCAACACCCAGCUCUCGUAGUGCUGCAGGAUGAAUUAGAACUAGAGUUCGGCAAGGCCCUCACUCGCGAGUGGUCGAGCAGCCACAAAGGCCACAACGGGAUCCGGAGUGCACAGCAGAGCCUGCCGCCAAGCAUACACAAGGACGAGCGGUUGGCACGCGUCCGCAUCGGAAUAGGGCGGCCGCACGAGCGGGAUAGGUCGGCUGUCAGCGACUACGUGCUUAGGCGUGCCACGCGGGACGAGAAGGACAUGCUAGAGGACCAGACAACCCCAAGUGUGGUUACAAUCCUCGGCGAGCUUGAGAAGAAGUGGCGGAGGGCGUACAUGCAGAGCCUCAAGCGUGAUGCUUCCCCGUAGAACGGUUGUAUAUGCCACUCGCGCUAAUGUGCUCGUGCAUCAACAUCAAGCCGCGGCGCCAGGACGCAUGCGGAUGAAACGGCAGCGCCCUGGUAUGAACGGGAAUUUCCGGCAUACGUGGUGAGGUGCACUUCAGGCAGGUAUCAAAUCUCCACUCGUCCGCCGUCCGCGACUUAGUUCCUUGAUGCUGCAUUCGAGUAUUAUUUGCUAUGGCUGCUCAUAUCUUUGGUGGGUAUGGUGUACCGGAUACCUGCCGGUAUAACUGGUGGUGUUGUCUGCGCGACGUGCCAGAGUAGUCUAGGUAUCUACCUAGGAAUACCUACCAAGCUACCGGUAUGUCUGCGGAAAAAAGCCAAUUAACGCGAUUGAGCAUCAUCCCGCUAGCUUCAGAACCGCGCACGCGGUAAUGGUUGCACUCGCCUGGCUAGGAACUGCCUAUCUGAGCAAGCGACUUGGCCGCGUACCAUGCAGUAUCAUUACCAACCAAGACAAGCAUUCACAAUACAAGUACCCACCUACACGUGCUCAGGUCAGUGCCCAGAGAUAAGGAAUUGUUUUGGGCCAAUCUACACGCUUCCGUCUAGCAACCGACGGUUCCAUUGCAGCACUGAUAAGGUUCAUUUUAUUAAUUUUAAUUCUGGGGUCAAGUCGUUCAUGGUAGCAUCCCCACGUUCGUAUCCCUGGCUGGUAUCAUUAAUAAUCCCGAACCACCGGUAUCCAUUAUUGGCUGUUGGGCCGAUUCAAUAUCGCAUUGCAUUGAAGAUAAAGAUGGUGACUCGAAUGAUCAGCUCCGCAUCUUGUCCUACCUAUCGUAGCGUUUACGCUGCCCUCUGAAUCUUGCGACAGAUGCGACAGGCUAUUUGUGUGUGCGCCGGUUGCAUCUACAAAGUGCAACAACGCGUCAGCAGCGUGCACUUAUCAAAGUCAUUGGCGCCAUCAAGCGCCCUGCAUCGGAACCUAAGUUAGCAGCUUAACAUGGAAUCAAGGCCUGGAGAGACUUUACUUGGUAAUUAACAGGUCUUAGCGGGGAUGGCAGGGCUGGCUCUACAGCACAACCCUCUUUUCCUGUGAAAUAACCCGAUAGCUAGGUGCCAGCGCAUCCUCUGAUUGGACCGUCUUCGCGACCCUCCUUAUCUCGCCCUUGUUCACAGCAUAUCUCCUCAUACUUGGC